CAUCGUUCUUCUCGUCUGGGUGACGAUGACACAAGGGGACCUUCAGGAAAGGCUAGUCCCUGCCUGCCGUAAGUUUCUGUACAUGAGCACGCUGCCACAGGGAAACCAAGGCCCGCAGCUGGAGCUGAUCUGCCAGUACUACAAUGGGAAGGCCCGCUUUGUGACUCUGUACGACACGCUCCACCGGAUCCCUGUCUAUUCUGCCUACACCUUCAAGCGCUCCGACGGUUCCCGGAAGGUCGACGUUCCUUGGAUGUAUGAGCCACAGCUUUCCAUAGCCAUGGGUUCACGGGACAUGGAGCAGUUCCCUCAGAGGGACCUCCACCGGAGCGCUGAGGACGCCCAGGCGGUGCUGGAAGACUACCGGGACACCGUGGACAUCGUGCGUGGCCAGCUCAACCCGGACCAGCACCAGAGCGAAUUCGACGACCAGGCGGCGACCUACACCAUGACCAACGUGGUCCCGCUGAUCAAGGAGUUCAGCGAGGGACCCUGGGCGGCGCAGGAGAAGGUCACGCGCCAGCGACUCAACAACUACUGCCGGGGCACAGCGUACGUCGUGACCGGAGUGUUGACCUCCGGAAGGGCCCUGCGUCGCUUCGACGCCGACCGCGUGGCCGUUCCCGACUACGUGUGGUCGGCGUACUGCUGCGACGACUAUGACUGCAACGCGCCGUACCACGAGUUCUCCCGGUUCCCCGCGUUCGCCUCUCUGGGGCGCAACAGAAGGCUGGACAAUACGGUGGAGGAGACGUCCGUCCAGCAGUUGGAGGACUUCAUCAAGAGAGCGACUGGCAAGACGGUCAAUAUUUUUUAUAAGGAUUGUAAAUGAUGGAGCUUGCAAUUCUGUUACAUCUCUAAUAUUCACACUAAAUAAUUAUACACUGUAAUUAACUGCAAUGCCAUAAUUGGCUACUGCUUCACAACUGGUGUUAUCCAGUUUAUGGCAUGGUUUACUUACAGUAGUAGGGCUGCAUGUAAUACCAAAUAUAGAAGAAUAGUUUGACAUUGUGUCGUCCCACCCACUGCCCGACUCAGCCCUUGUCUUACACUGGAGUACAGAGGAAGGAGAGGAACACAACUUGUAUCAUCUCCUGUAUUUACAAUUCAGUCAUGUGUGUGUGGACUAUGUUUUAUUUAUUCCCCCCCCCCACCUUCUAAGUGUAACAUAUAGUUAUAUAACUCUGUAUAGACAAUUGAGUUGGAUGAAUCUUCUUUACCUCCUUUCUGUAAGGAUGUUGACAUGUUAGCCUAUUUGCACAGGAUGUGGCCAGUCAACAGAACCAUCUAGCACCACUAGGGGGAGCUCACCCAGCAUUAUGUCGUAGUUCUAAAAAUUAAUCACCAUUUUUAUUGUAUGAAAUUAACCAAAUUGUGAAGAAAUAUGUCAGGGCAAUCACCAUGAAUAAAUAAAUAAAUGUCAAUCUCACUCUUAGUACCUCAUUCAACAUUUAAUAAACUCUCCAAUCCAGGCAAAUCAAUUUACAAUCAUAAAAAGAUUUCUAUACAAGUAGCGCACAUGAUAUCCUGUGCAGUAUGACGUAUUUAUAUUUGAAUGAAUUUAACUUUUUCAAAAAAGGACCAAGUGUCAAUCAAGUAAUGCCUAAGAGCAUGUAGCCCAAAUAAAAAACACAAUUAGAAAGCAAAGAGUUAAAA